UGGAGCUUGUAACAGACGCCCACGCUUCUCAAGAAGUAGCAACGAACGCAUUUAUGCCCGCAAACGUCGUCAAGAACAGGUUCCCCAACAUUGUUCCGCUGGACAAUGCUCGGGUGCAUUUACAAGCGUCUUCACAAGAAAAGAGUUACAUCAAUGCCUCUUAUGUGGAUGACUACACACAACGUAAUGCAUACAUCCUGACACAAACUCCGUUAGACUGCACCAUUAUAGACUUCUGGCUUAUGAUUUCUCAAUAUGAUAUUGGCACAGUUGUGAUGUUGAAUAACUUGGAAGAAGGAAAGCAGAUUUACCCGCAAUACUGGCCAAGCGAGGGAUCUGCCAAGUAUGGUGAAGUCACUGUCCAGCUUUUGUCCCAAGAAACUUCAAACAAUAUCACUACCAGAGGAUUCAGCGUCGAGAAUGCAGCGCCCCCUAAGAAGACGUCAACUUUGCAGCAUAUACAAUACACUGGGUGGGCCAAUGAAAACUCAUGCCCAGAUCCCCAGGAUAUACUUGACCUGAUGACUACUGUACAGCAGUCUCAGCAGCAAUCAGGAAAUAGAGUCAUAGUUUUCCAGUGCAGUGAUGGUACUGGUCGUAGUGGCUGCGUAGCCACCAUAAUGUCAGUGAUCGAACGAGUCAAGACUGAACAAACAGUUGAUGUUUUACAGACUGUAAAACUAGUUCGAGCAAAGAGACCAGGUGCAGUCAACACUCUGGAGCUGUACAUGUUUUGUUACAAAACAGUUCUAGCUUACUUAGACUCUUUCAGUACGUACUCAAACUUUGCAGAAUGCUAAAAAGCAUUGCAAAGUAAAAAACAGAUUUGACAGAAAGGAGUGACGCACAUCUUUUUUUUUUACGAAGCAGCUUUUUCCCCUCAUAUUCAAAUUUUUGUAACAAAUCAUAGUUACCUCUAAGCGGGUGGCCUUUCCCCCUAAUAGUUUUGCUAAAAAAGUUUUGCUAAAAAAGUUUUGCUAAAAAAGUUUUGCUAAAAAAGUUUUUAUUACAUAUUUUAGUUAAAAAAGGAGUUUUUUGUCAUAGGAAGUAGGUAAAAUGCGUCCGUGCAAGUGAAGAUGUUGUCAGCUGGAAGAUGUUCACCGCUUGAUUGUUGAUAAAUUUACAUCAGAUUUUGCUAUGGUAACUUGACAAACAAGCAUGUGUCCCUGUGAGGCCUAGGAUUAUGGCAAUAUCAGGAAUUGUGUUAUCCUUCUUUUCUAAUUAUGCAAUGAAAGAGGUACUAGGUGUAUCUACAAGAAGUUAUUACAUUUGUAGAGUUUUGUGGGUUUUUUUUUUGAGUUAGUUGUAAAGGAAAGUUUUUGAUAACUUACAUAUUUCAUGAUGUCUCUUAAAAGUCUAUUAAGUUUCAUAGUUAUCGUUUUCUUUUAACAGUGUUAGAUUAAAAGUGGUUUGUAGUUUUAUAGUUUGUUUUGGAGGGUUAUGGUGCCUUUUGCAUUUUCUCUUUUUUUAUCUGAAUUUAAUUCACACUGUUUUCAAUUAAUACAUCAGAAUUUCUAUAAGAUUGUAUUUUUAUCAGAAGUAAGAUAGAAUUGUGCAAAGAGGUAGAUUUUUGGUAAUUAAAUGGUAGCUGAUACAUUCUUUGAACGAUUAAUUUGGAAUUCAAACGUGCAAAGCACAUUGAAACAUAUUUUUACUAAUGUAAAGGAUAGAGUUCACGUAUAUAGUUAGUACGUUAGUUUUAGAUUCA